AUGUUCAGGUCGCAUGCCUCGGGGAGUAAGAAGCAAUGGUCUAAGAGAACUUCAAACGGCAGUGCAUCUGCCGAUUCUGCACCGGGCCCUCAUGCCUAUAGGCAGCAAACACUGUCUUCCUUCUUCACGAGUUCCAACAAAAAGACACCCGGUGUUUCGAAAAACUCCACAACAACAACAAGUACAACAACAACGGUGAUUGACUUGGAAAGUGGUGGUGAAGGCAACCAAACUAAAGUCGCGUUGCCUAGGCCGAGACUGGUACGGAAUAACUCGUCCUCUUUAUUUUCCCAGUCUCAGGAUGCGUUUGGAGAUGACGAUCCUGAAGCAGAAUUCAAAAAACUGGUCAAUGUGCCCAGACUUAAUAGCUAUAAGAAGCCUAGCAGAUCGUCGUCGAUGACCAGCUCUCUGCACAAGACUGCCUCCGCGUCCACUAAAUAUAGAACGUACCAGUACGAUGAAGAUGAAACCUUGCGAGAGGUUACCAGUGUGAAGUCCGGUUCUAGACAACUAUCCUUCACCAGUACGAUCAACAUUGACGAUUCCAGUGCAGGGGUUCCUGCUGAUCUGGAAAGGCCUGCUAAGAGAUCGAAGCCUUCCCUGGAGUUUCAAGGCUUAAGACUCACAGCACCAAAGAAAAUAAAGCCGCUCUUAAGGAAGUCAGCAUCAAGCUUGGAAUCGAUGAACCACAGAAAUGCACUUUCGUCCCCCGUUGUACUGACGAAGGAGCAAGAAAUGGUUGUGAGUCUGAUCAUCAAAAAAAGGACAAACGUCUUUUAUACAGGUAGUGCUGGUACAGGUAAGUCCGUCAUCCUGCAAACCAUUAUAAGACAGUUAAGUUCUCUGUACGGCAAAGAAUCCAUUGCGAUAACCGCCUCGACCGGGCUGGCCGCCGUGACCAUUGGGGGCUCCACACUGCAUAAAUGGUCUGGUAUAGGCAUUGGCAACAAGACCAUAGAUCAGUUGGUGAAAAGAAUACAAUCACAGAAAGACUUGUUGGCUGCAUGGAGGUACACAAAAGUUUUGAUCAUUGACGAAAUCUCCAUGAUCGAUGGUAAUCUACUAGAUAAACUAGAGCAAAUUGCCAGGAGAAUCCGUAAAAAUGACGACCCUUUUGGUGGCAUCCAAUUGGUCUUAACAGGAGAUUUCUUUCAAUUACCACCCGUGGCAAAGAAGGAUGAAAAUAAAAUCGUUAAAUUUUGUUUUGAAAGCGAUAUGUGGAAACGAUGUAUUCAAAAGACCAUCUUGCUAACCAAAGUUUUCAGACAACAAGAUAACGAAUUGAUUGAUAUUUUGAAUGCCAUAAGAUUCGGAGAACUGAACGUCAACAUGACGAGGACAAUAAGAAACCUAAAUAGGGAUAUAGAUUAUCCCGACGGUAUUGCCCCCACGGAGUUAUAUGCUACGAGGAGAGAAGUGGAAUCUUCUAACGUGAGGAAAUUACAAUCUUUGCCCGGUGACUUGUACGAAUUCAAAGCUGUAGAUAACGCACCAGAAAGAUACCAAACACUAUUGGACUCCUCCCUGAUGGUGGAUAAAGUUGUUGUAUUGAAGGAAGACGCUCAAGUUAUGAUGUUGAAAAACCGGCCUGAUGUGGAUUUAGUCAAUGGGUCUUUGGGGAAAGUCUUGUUUUUCGUUACAGAAUCAUUGGUGGUCAAAAUGAAAGAAAUCUAUAAAAUUGUAGAUGAUGAUGUUGUCAGUGAUAUGCGACUUGUGAGCCGGGUCGUCGGCAAUCCUAUUUUGAAAGAAUCAAAAGAAUUUCGUCAAGAUAUCAACGCCAGGCCGUUAGCCAGAUUGGAACGUUUGAAAAUUCUGAUAAAUCAUGCAGUCAAGAUUUCCCCUCAUAAAGAAAAAUUUCCUUAUGUUCGCUGGACAAUAGGCAAAAACAGGUAUAUCCAUGAGCUUAUGGUCCCAGAGCGUUUCCCCAUUGAUAUACCAAGAGAAAAUGUCGGGCUAGAAAGAACUCAGAUUCCCCUAAUGCUGUGCUGGGCAUUAUCCAUUCACAAGGCGCAAGGUCAAACCAUUCGAAGAUUGAAGGUCGACUUGAGAAGGAUCUUUGAAGCCGGUCAAGUUUACGUUGCGUUGUCGAGAGCAGUCACCAUGGAUAACUUACAAGUACUGAACUUUGACCCAAGUAAGAUUCGUACUAAUGGAAAAGUGAAAGAUUUUUACAAGCAUCUGGAAACUUUGAAGUGA